AUGAGGGUAGACUCGGAAUUCUCCUCCUCAAUCCUCAAUUCAAAAAAUUUCAAGAACCAAAGAGCUGCUCGUUUGUACCAAAAAUCAACCAAAAUCCCCCAAAAUUCGGAUGAAAAGAUCGAGGUGGGCGGCUGUUGCAGAGAAAGCUGUGGGAGUUGUUGGAUAUUGACGUGUGAGGUAGAAGAAAAAUGCACACUGCUGCUGUUUGGUUCACGUGAGCUGCUGGAUUCGCGUGGAAGAAAGAGAUGCAGCGCGUACAGGGCUUGCUGGACUCGGGAAGAAGAACGAGAGUACAGGGGUGCUGGGUCGGUUUGGUAUGCUGUUGCUGAUCUUUACAAUGGGCAGGUGAAGGUGAUUUGUAGAGAAUCUAAUGGUCUCUACUUCCUUCCUGCUCCAAAACACAUAAAAGAGUCUCCUACUUACAUUCAGUCACACAAUGCUCAAGAUAACACUACCACAACAACUUCUGCUGUUCUGUUGUGGCAUCAGAGGCUGGGACACACCUCGUCAAAGUGUUUUGGUGUGUCAGUUAAGUCCAUUAGAACAGACAAUGAUACAAAAAAUUUUAAUACUGAAUGCCAUCGCUUAUGUAUUUCACUGGGCAUAGUACAUCAAAGAACUUGUAUUCAUACUCCUCAGCAAAAUGGGAUUGCUAAGAGGAAGCACAAACAUAUUCUUGAAGUUGCCAGGGCCAUCAAAUUUCAAAGGCACAUUCCUCUUAGAUUUUGGGGUCACUGCAUCUUAACUGCACCUUAUAUUAUUAACAGGUUGCCUACUCCAGUUUUAAAUGGGAAAUCACCACAUGAAGUGCUACAUAAGUGCAAACCGUCACUACAACAUCUGAGAGUGAUUGGAUGCCUAUGCUUUGCCAAAAAUAUGUAUAUUAGUGAUAAGUUCCAGUCAAGAAGUGUUGUUGCAAUUCAUAUGGGGUACAGUGAACAAACUAAGGGAUAUAUGCUCUAUGACAUGAAAGACAAACAUUUCUUUCUCAGUAGAGAUGUUGUAUUCAAAGAAACUAUAUUUCCUUUUUCACUUCUUCCUUCAACUGCCUGGAAACUAUUUCCUACCACCAAUAGUCCUGCUGAAGCUGUUCUAGAUAGUGUAACAGAACCUGAAAUUCCUGAAGUCUCUCCUACUCACACAGCUCCCACUCAGCCUGCUACACCAAGGAGGUCUCAAAGAACAAGUAGUUCUCCUCCGUGA